AUGGACCUUGUGGGCCCUGACAUUUUUAACAGGGACCCCCGCGACCACUAUGAUCUGCUGCAACGGCUGGGUGGCGGCACCUAUGGGGAAGUCUUCAAGGCUCGUGACAAGGUGUCGGGGGACCUGGUUGCUCUGAAGAUGGUGAAGAUGGAGCCUGACGAUGAUGUCUCCACGCUGCAGAAGGAAAUCCUCAUCUUGAAAACUUGCCGGCAUGCCAACAUAGUGGCCUACCACGGGAGUUAUCUCUGGCUGCAGAAACUCUGGAUCUGCAUGGAAUUCUGUGGAGCUGGCUCUCUACAGGACAUCUACCAAGUGACCGGCGCCCUCUCUGAGCUCCAGAUUGGCUACGUCUGCCGGGAGGUGCUCCAGGGACUGGCCUAUCUGCACUCUCAGAAGAAGAUCCACCGGGACAUCAAGGGAGCCAACAUCCUCAUCAACAACGCCGGGGAGGUCAGACUGGCUGACUUUGGCAUCUCAGCCCAGAUUGGGGCAACCCUGGCUCGACGCCUGUCAUUCAUUGGGACCCCCUACUGGAUGGCUCCAGAAGUUGCAGCGGUGGCCCUGAAGGGCGGCUACAACGAGCUGUGUGACAUCUGGUCCCUGGGCAUCACUGCCAUCGAGCUGGCGGAGCUGCAGCCCCCCCUCUUUGAUGUGCACCCUCUCAGAGUUCUCUUCCUCAUGACCAAAAGUGGCUACCAGCCUCCCCGACUAAAGGACAAAGGCAAAUGGUCAGCUGCUUUCCACAAUUUUGUCAAAGUCUCUCUCACCAAGAACCCCAAGAAGCGGCCUGGUGCCACUAAGAUGCUCAGUCACCAGCUGGUAUCCCAGCCGGGCCUUAACCGAGGCCUGAUCCUAGACCUGCUGGACAAACUGCGGAACCCCGGGAAGGGAGCCCCCCCAGGCGAGGUGGACGAUGAGGAGCCCGAGCCUCCCCCCGCCAUCCCCCGACGGAUCAGGUCCACCCACCGGUUCAGCUCGCUGGGGGUCCCAGACACCGACUGCUCUCAGCGGCAUAUGGAAUUCCAGAAGCCCAGAAGAGUGGUGUCCAGGCCCCCCAAGGACAGCGACCGCCUGCAGCCCCCAGGACACCUCAGAAGCUGCAGCCCCAGGAGGCAGCUGUCAGAGUCAGAGGAUGACGACUAUGACGACGUGGACAUCCCCACCCCUGCAGAGGACCUACCUCCUCCACUGCCCCCUAAGCCCAAGUUACGGUCUCCCUCAGAUGACAGUCCUGGGAGCACUGGGGAUGAUGGGCUACUGAACCCAGGGGUGCUGGUCCGGUGCUCCAGUGGGCCUCCCCCUCGCAUGCCCCAUCGUGGGCCUCCCCCAGCCACCCGAAGCCCCCACCUCACUGCCCAUUCAGAACCCUCACUCUGGAACCCGCCUUCCCGGGAGCCUGACCAGCCCCCGCUCUUGCCCCCUAAGGACAAGAUGAAAAGAAAGGCCCAGGACUGUGCACUUCUGGUCAAACUGUUCAGCGGCUGUCCCCUCCGGAUCCACAGCACGGCUGCCUGGACACACCCCUCCACCAACGACCAGCACCUGCUCCUGGGGGCAGAAGAAGGCAUUUUCAUCCUAAACCGGAAUGAUCAGGAGGCCACUCUGGAUAUGCUCUUCCCUAGCCGGACCACCUGGGUGUACUCGAUCAGCAAUGUCCUCAUGUCCCUCUCAGGAAAGACUCCCCACCUGUAUUCUCAUAGCAUCCUGGGCCUGCUGGAAAGGAAAGAGACCAGAGCAGGAAGCCCCAUCGCUCACAUUAGCCCUCACCGGCUCCUGGCAAGAAAGAACAUGGUCUCUUCCAAAAUGCAGGACACCAAAGGCUGCCGUGCCUGCUGUGUGGCAGAAGGCGCGAGCUCCGGGGGUCCGUUCCUGUGCGGGGCAUUGGAGACGUCGGUGGUGCUGUUUCAGUGGUACCAGCCCAUGAACAAAUUCCUGGUGGCCCGGCAGGUGCUGUUCCCGCUCCCCACGCCUCUACCCGUGUUCGCGCUGCUAACGCGACCCGGCUCCGACUUGCCCGCCGUGUGCAUCGGCGUGAGCCCCGGGCGGCCGGCGAAGUCAGUGCUCUUCCACACAGUGCGCUUCGGGGAGCUCUCCUGUUGGCUGGGCGAGACCAGCACAGAGCAUAAGGCACCAGUACAGGUGACCCAGGUUGAGGAAGACAAGGUGAUGGUGUUGAUGGACGGAUCUCUGAAACUGGUGACCCCAGAGGGGGCCCCAGCCCCGGGCCUUCGAGCUCCAGAGAUCCCCAUGACCGAAGCAGUGGAGGCUGUGGCUAUGGUGGGGGGCCGGCUCCAGGCCUUCUGGAAACACGGAGUACAGGUGUGGGCACUGGGCUCUGACAAGCUGCUACAGGAGCUGAGAGACCCCACCCUCACCUUCCGUCUGCUUGGCUCCCCCAGGCCUGUGGUGGUGGAGACUCGACCAGUAGGUGAUCCUACUGCCCCCAGCAACCUCUACAUCCAGGAAUAAGUCCCUGGGUACCAGGGUUCUAGGAGCCAGAACUUGCACCUCCC